GGAGACUGGCUUCUUCUGGGUGAGGGCGAGGGGCUCCCGGAAUGCCCAGGAGGGCUGGGCGAGAGGUCAGGCCUCCUUCCUGAUGAAACCCGGGCCGGCCCUGAAGCCCAGCUCCCCCCGCAGCUGGACAUUUAUGGAAAAUAGGCGCAGGGCGGGCUGGAGGGCACUGGGUCCGCUCUGUGCCCAGCCCGGCGAAGGCAUGGACCGACCUCAUUGCAGGGCAGUGGCUGUGGGUGGCACGCCUCACCUCUCCUCUAGCGACGGCUCUGCUGGAGGGUCCGUGUCACGGACAAGCCUGCCUGCCGCCCCUGGCCGAGUUACCGAGAAGGAAGUCCAGCAGUGGUACAAGGGCUUCAUCAAGGACUGCCCCAGCGGGCAGCUGGACGCGGCGGGCUUCCAGAAGAUCUACAAGCAGUUCUUCCCAUUUGGGGACCCCACCAAGUUUGCCACAUUUGUUUUCAAUGUCUUUGAUGAGAACAAGGACGGGCGGAUCGAGUUCUCCGAGUUCAUCCAGGCGCUGUCGGUGACCUCGAGGGGAACCCUGGAUGAGAAGCUGCGGUGGGCCUUCAAGCUCUACGACUUGGACAACGACGGCUACAUCACCAGGAACGAGAUGCUGGACAUUGUGGACGCCAUUUACCAGAUGGUGGGGAACACCGUAGAGCUCCCUGAGGAGGAGAACACCCCAGAGAAGAGGGUGGACCGGAUCUUCGCCAUGAUGGACAAGAACGCCGAUGGGAAGCUGACGCUGCAGGAGUUCCAGGAAGGAUCCAAGGCGGACCCGUCCAUCGUGCAGGCGCUGUCCCUCUAUGAUGGGCUGGUAUAGUCCAAGGCCCAGAGCUGGGAUGCCUGGGAACCACUCACCUCCUCCCGUGCCAUGAGGCCACGUCCGCCCUGACUCCCCCGCCCCCGACUCCCGUGUCCACCAAGCCUUCCUCCGCAUCCACGCCCAGCCGAGCUGCCCUGGAAUCGCGAGGCCGGCUCCCCCCUGCCCCGCACCCACCCGCCGCCUGAAGCCGCCGGCUCCGAUCGCCAACAACCUCCGCUUGUCCAGAAAACGAGCCCACGGAUGGGAAAGGCCCCGGCCCUCUGCAGAACCCAGGACUCGUCCGCUUUGCAGGCGGGGCCUCGGUCUCGCCUGCUCUCCUUGCGUGUGUGCUUUUGUGUUUUUGUUUUUUUUUUCUAUUUCAAACAGACACUGAAAAAGAAAAAAAACAAAACUACCUUCUGUUCUAGAAGAUUCCGACUGACAGAUGGGGAGAAUGCCUUGGGGACGUCGGAGAACCCUGCCUCCCACCUUGACCUUUGAAGCCAGAGAGGCCGCGGGGAAGCUCCGGGCGUGGGGGUUAACGUGAUGUUGCCGCCCCCUCUUCCUCGGGCAGCAAAACCGCCUGCUUGGCUAGGAUGAUUAAUUACGAUGAUGCUGAUUUUCUGUGAUAACAGUAUUGUGCUUUUGGUGGGGAAAGUGAGGUUUUUUUUUAUAUAUAUAUAUACAUAUAUAAUUGAUAUCUUUUAUUUAUUGGUUGUUAACUGUUGCUGCUGCCUCUGUGUGUCCAACGGUCCCAGGGAUGCGGGGCCCACCGUUUACAUGUGCACGCCCCUCACCCACCUGCCGACACUCUUAGGAGGAUGGUGGCCUGCAGCGGCCAAGAAGCCAAAAAUCUUUUUUUUUUUUUAAAUUUAAAAUUUUAGAUACUGUGCUUGCUUGAUGUUUGGAGAGGGGAAAGGUGGGCUUCUUCAAUGGCUAAUGCACUGUUCCCUCUGCCCGAAUGCCUCCUCUCUGGAUCUCUAUUCUCUGCUCCCAGUUCACACCUCUCUUUGUCCUGUAUCCUCCUGGGGGUCCAUCCCAUCUUUUCUGAGGAUGGACAGGGGACAGCUUUGAGCUUCUCGGUUCUCGCUUUGGUGUUUGCAGCCGCGAGGUUUGUGCUGAGACUGAGAGACAGGAAGGCGGGCGGCGGGGAUGGACCAGGAAGCUAGGAGAGGUGAAGAGGGAGUGAGCCAACGUUUAAGGGCUUUGAGAAUUGCCGAUCACUCUGCUUUCCUGCCUUCCUGCCUGCCUCGUCCAGAGGAACACGGUACCCUUCCCUCCUUUAGCUCAAAAGCCAGGAAGGGUGGAGGGGGGCGGGGAGAGAAGGGAGAAGCCAGGAAGGAUGGGGAGAGAUGAGCUGCAGGCAGUCCCAUUCAGGUGGCCUCUCCGGCUGUGACCUGCCUGAGCUCGUGGAACUUUCUAGCUCUGCCUGCCACUGAGACAGAGCAGCCCCAGAGUCAGAUGACCUUGGAGCAGAGGCUGGGAGCCCGAGGCUGGCUCUGUGAUCGCGGGCACCCCCUUGCCCUCUCUGGGCCCCAGCUUCCGCCGCUGUUGCAGACCCAGGAGGCCUGGGCUGGAGGCUCUGAAGGCUUUUCUCUGUCCCUGCCGACGCUGUCUAAUUCUAAGCCCGGGUCUCCUGCUGUUGGUGACUCUGUGGUCUGUGGCUAAGUUUCCAGACCCCAGCAGACACGGGGACUGUCUGAGCCUCCAUCUCGUCUCUUGGCACAUGUCUUCAGGGACACGGCAGCCCGUGGUGGCGUUGCGUGGGGUCCGAUGACACACCUUGUCCCUCCCCGCAGUAUCCUGGUCCUCCUGGGCUCCUGAGCCAGCUUCCAGGCUCAGAAUUUGUCCUCCCCCAGGGAAGGCUUCGGGGGCCAGAAGCAGCCUCCCAGCCUGUGGUAGGGCCAGGCUGGCGUCUAGAAUCCUGCCUUCUUUUUUGCACAGUCAGCAGCCGACCCCCUCCCUGCUUAUCCCGGCCCCGGGAGACGAGGAGCUGGCACUCAGCCCCCACUGGGAAUCGCCCUCACCGUCUACUUUGCACUUUCCCAGGAGGCCAGAGAUUCCCUUGCUCCUUAGCCCUCAGCCACCAGACGCUCUGUCAGAGAGCGGCUCUGCCAGCGUGGGCCUUGCGCGUCCACUCCUUGGGCUGGACCACUCAGCCAGCUCCCCCCUCUCCCUCCUGACGUUCGCGGACCCUCUGCCUCCCCUGGAAGCCCCCCAGACAGACCCUGCAUGAGUGGGAUCAGUAGUUUUGUUUUCAUGGGGGACUUUGAAACCUGGGCCCUUUGGGGCCCCUGCAGUCCCCUUCCUGCUCAGGCCACUGGCCCAGGAGGCCCCGGGACCCAUCACAAAUCCUGCAGUUCUUCAUCCUGGCUCUGACCUGGGGGCCUAGGGUGGGAGGUGAGCUUGGUGACUUGGGACUGGAGGUCAGAUGACUUCUGAGACUCAAUCUGUGUCUCUGGUCCAGGGGUCAGGAGUGGUUGUGCAGCUGUCCCGGGGGCAUCAUGGAAAGGGCUUGUGGCUGAGAAUUCUCCAGGGUUCAGCAUGUAGGUCCCAUCAGCUGAGGCAUUGAUUCCCAGGUGUCUGGGGAGAGCUGAGUGCCAGGCUUUCCUCCCACCUUCUCGCCUUUGGCCUUUUGGUUUGGAGCCACAGGUGUGGCUUAGCAGGAGGUACUGUGGACCCGUGCCCCAGGUACACCUUGGGUCCUUGCCCGGAGACUGUCCAGAGCAUGCUGGACACUGGCCAUUUUUUGCCAGAGGUUGUGGACAGCGACAAGCCUGUCCCCUCCUCUGACCAGGCCUCCAGCCUCGGCACCCUGGAACCCUGAGCAGUCCAUGGGCCUCUCUCCCUGCCACCGCUUCCCACCCGAGGCCCAACCCCAUCAGCUGCUGCUCUCCAGGGCUUCCAGGCCAGCUGGAAGCCAGGCUCUUAGCCUCCCCCACCCCCUGACCCCGCUCCCCAGCCCAGGAGCAGGAAUCAGCCUCGGGCAGCACACCUGCAGCAGCCCUGGCUCCUUCCUCACGAUGUCCGCUCCCUGCUCCGCGUUGAUGGUACUUAGGAAAACCUCAUGCGUUUCCAGUAUUCAACCAAGCAAUGUUUAGAGUAACGUCAAGGCAAACAUGUGUCCUCUCCAUCCCCUGAAGUGCUUUUCAUUUUGACAGACACUUCCUAGAUGACAGAUGCACCUGGGCUUUCGGGGACAUUGUCUCUUCUCUUGGGGUUUGGGGGGUGGUGGUGGGUUGGAGUCCUGGGUGUCCUGGGAAGUGGCAGCUUCACUGUUCAAGCGCAAGCUACCCGGUUCCCAGUGGUUUCAGCUUCUAAGUAUUGAAGGGAAUGCUGGGAGCGCCCCCUGGUGGUGAUGAGCAGUAAAGACAUUUGGGGGACUUGCUCAGCCAAAUAGAUGGUUUGAGAAGGAGGCUGCAGAUGGGGAUUUGAGGAGGGGGGCCAAGAUCUCACCCAGGCCCUGGGCUUCCAGCCCCACCUCAUUGGCAGCGUGUGUCCCACACGCCCCUCUUCUAGGACCACCCCAGGGGUAGCAAGUGAAUUAGCAUAAGGGCACUGUGAUGGGAAGCCUUGCCCCCCACCCCCCUCUUUUUUAAUAUCUGCGGAAUAAACCCAAUGGUUGAUUUUUGAAUGAAUAAAAAGGCUUUUGUUGAAUAAA